AUGUCCUGGAGAGCCCUACUCCCAGGACGACUGCUGCUGCUGCUCCCAGGCUCGUGGGCACUAUCAAACGCUCAGCGACUGCACAGCAUGGUGGGGCAAGUGCUCUCCGUGAGGUGCCAGUACCCACCCAGGGGGUGGCCCUACGAGAAGAAAGUCUGGCGUAAGGAAGUGUCAGUGUACGAGUGUGCCAGGUUAGUCGCCAGCUCUAGGCCCCACACGCUGACUCAGGCCUCUCGAUUCUCAAUCUGGGACAAUCCUGGCGCUGGCUUCUUCACUGUCACCAUGACUGGUCUGAGGGAGGAAGACUCAGGACACUACUGGUUUAGAAUCUACCACCCAUCCAGCAACUCUAUCUCUAAGUCCAAAAGGUUCUAUCUGGCAGUGUCUCCAGCCUCUGCCUCCGUGCAAGCCACCUGGGCUCCCCAUGGCCUGGUCUCAUCACAGACCCAGAGCUGCAUAUCCCCCGCUGGAAGAGCCAGACAGGCCCCCAGGGUUUCCUCUGCCAUCACUGUUCCUUCACGGAAACAAAACUCCACCCUCUGCUCCAGCCCUGCAGCCCCGAGUGCUCUGGUCUCCAUGCUCUGUGGACUUCUCCUGGCCAAGAGCCUGGUGCUGUCAGCCUUGCUUGUCCAGUGGGUCUUAAGGAGUUGACAUGUGCAACAUGGAGGGAGGUCUCUGAUGCACCCAGCUCCGGCCAGACCCUAG